UAUAGAGAGAAACGUUAGGUUAGGGUUGGAGGGGGAAGUGAGAGACGGAGCGAUGUCGAAGAGAGGGCGUGGUGGAUCGGCGGGGAACAAGUUCCGCAUGUCGCUGGGUUUGCCGGUGGCGGCGACGGUGAACUGCGCGGACAACACCGGUGCGAAGAAUCUGUACAUCAUUUCAGUGAAAGGGAUUAAAGGUCGCUUGAAUCGCCUUCCUUCUGCUUGCGUUGGUGACAUGGUGAUGGCUACCGUGAAGAAGGGCAAACCUGAUCUGAGGAAGAAGGUCUUGCCAGCUGUCAUCGUUCGCCAGCGCAAGCCCUGGCGCAGAAAGGACGGUGUCUACAUGUACUUCGAAGAUAAUGCUGGUGUCAUAGUGAAUCCCAAGGGUGAGAUGAAAGGUUCUGCUAUCACUGGACCCAUUGGUAAGGAGUGUGCUGAUCUGUGGCCAAGGAUUGCAAGUGCAGCCAAUGCUAUCGUUUGAUGGGUGUUUUUAUUUAAUUAGCUUAUAUGUUUAAGCUUGUAGACCUUAAAUUUUCUCAGAUUUUGUUUUUUUUUCUUCUUGAAAUUGAACUGCAAUUAAUACAUUUUUUUUUUACUUUUCCGUAUUUUAUCAGUAAGUAGCUUUUUGAAGAGAUGAGAUGAAUCUUGAAUUGCUAGUUAAGAAUUUUAUUCCUGUUUCUUCCU